UGCCGGAGGAAAAACCCGCGCAUUUCAAACAAAACUCGACCCAACUUGCGAUUGUGCAGUGCAGUGCGUGUGUUGAUUGUUUGUGUUUAUGUACAUUUAGCGUGAAAAUUCGCUUUUAUUCACUCUAUCGCGAUGAGUGCUUACUUUGCAGACAUCGAUGCCGUCUGCUCCUCGCUCGGAUGGAUGGACGGCGAGGUGUACAAGAUGGAUCCGGAAGCGGUACAGGGGCUGAAGCACCUGAUCUGGAUCCUGAAGCAGGACCGCCCGGCGCACGAAUGCCGUCGCUACAUCGGCGGCAAGCGUAUCGUGCAGACCGAUCUGAUACCGAUGGUCAUCAGCAACUUCGACAAACCGGACGUGGUCGAUGUGUUGCUCCGGCUGCUGGUGAAUCUGUCCUUUCCUACGCUGCUGCUGUACAACGGUAACUAUCCGAAGGAUGCGGCCGAGCAGCGGAAGUUCAUCCGGCUGAUGGAGAUCUGCGAGGAGUACAAGGAAGCGUUCUCGCUGAAAAGUUUCUGGUCGGUGUUGGGCGAUCGGCUCGAGAAGAUUCUCCACACGGACUGGGCAUUGCGCAGCGAAGCGGACGGACUCAUCAUCGAACGCAUUCUCGUGCUGAUCCGGAACGUGCUGCAAGUGCCGGCGAACGUGGAACGAGAGAAGCGCUUCGACAACGAUGCCAGCCAGCACGACUGUUUGCUGUGGGCGCUGCACCAGGCUGGCAUACUGGACAUAAUACUAUACAUACUCGGGUCGCCGCACGAAAACCGCUUCCUCAUACACACGCUCGAAAUCCUGAGCCUUGCCUACCGGGAACAGUCGGCCGUCCAUCUGGCGGACGCAACGCUGCAGCGUACGAACACCGAGAAGAAGACGGACGAGCUGUUGCUGAUAAAGGCGCGUCAACCGACGACAGCAGCAGCUGCAGCAGCAGCAACGACAACAGCAGCCUUGGGGAAACCGCCCGCUGGGCGUCAUUCGCGGUUUCGCGGCACGUACACGUUCAACAAUGUGAAAUCCAUCUCGGACAGUGAUGCCGUUUGCCACCAGUCGCUGGGCAAGAUAAUGCGCAUGGACUUUAGCUCGGAAAAGCAUCGCCAGAAGGUGUCGUUCCGGAACGCGAAGGAAACGGAAACGUUCGAACGGAAGAGCAUCUUUUCGGUGCGCUUGUUUUUGCGCGAGUACUGCAUGGAGAUUCUGCGCGUGUACAACAAUAUGGUGCGCCAGGCACGGCGCUACCUGAGCCAGCACGGGACGUCGGUGUCGGAAUUUCAUGACGAUUCGUACCUGCUGUGGGCCAUACGGUUCUUUCUCGAGUUUAACCGGCACAGUGGGUUUAAAAUUGAACUAGUGAGUGAAUCUUUGAACAUCGACACGUUUCAUUGGACGGUGACACGCAUGGACACGUACACCGAGAACAUUACUACGGAUAAAACACGCAAAGCCGUCUGGGCAAGGCGUUUGCAUCUAACUAUACAGACGUACCGGGAGCUUCUAAACAAUAUGCAUGCGCUGGAAAAGAUUAAGGAUACAGCGGCUUCCGAGCUUCUCUCGGUACUGCAGAACAACAUCUUCUACGUCGUAGAGUAUCGUGAAACGACCCUUCACCUGUUGACGAGUUUCAAGGAAGCAUUACAUACAAAAGCUUACCUAAGAGAUGUCAUAGAAGUGGCGCAUCUGUUCUUUAGCAUGUUGCAACGAUUCUGCAAGGGCACGGUGCGCGUACAGGAGCGGGUGAAAGCAAAGCGCAAGAAGGCUAAAAAGCAACCCCGUAAAAAAACAACCGAAGAGCAAGAGGAAAAUAUCGAAAAUCGAUGGCUGCAAGAAGCGCCAACCAUUGCCUCGUUGCUGGAAAAUGGUGAACUUAAGCAACAGGAGCUACCCACGCCGUUCGAUUCGGCCUCUUCCGUUCCUGUUGAGGAGCAAAAAGGAGAUUGUUUGAAGAGCAUCCAUUCGUUGCUGAGGAAAAAGAACUACGAACAGGCAAUCAAAAUGCUGUAUGCUGCAAGAUCGGUUUGGACGACGAGCAGCUGCUUUGGCAGCGAGACUGCCACCCCGGAUGAGGAUCUGAUCACACUUCAAGACAUUUUCGCCGCCAAUUUGUCUUCCGCAACUGAUGGGGACGAUAAUGAUGGUGAGAUGCAAGAAGAUUCAGAAGAAGAAGAUGAGCUGGAGGAGGAAGAAAUCGUUAAGCAUGAGGAAAAGGAUUUUAAAUUUGAAGAAUUUUCGAAACGCCUGGUAGACCAUCGCGUGGUUUAUGCCUGUACGACGGUGCUAACGGAUUGGGAAAAGAUCAAGACCACAUGUCUGAAGGCGGCUGUGACACUGCUUUACCGCAUUUGUGUCGAGCAUAAGAUGCCCUCGAUGCUGUUUCAGGUGUCACUUUUACGCAUAUUUCAAGCUGUGCUGAACGCGAUCGAGGAUGAGCAUUCGCGCGAACUUCGCCGGCUUGCGAUUUACACCGUGCGUCAGCUGCAGCAGAAGGUGCUGACUGGGGCCGAGGAUGAUGGUGGAUUGAUGUUUGCCGAGCUGCUGUUUGCCAAAACGUCGCGAAUCGCGUGCGCACUGGAAAUAGGCUACGAUGAGGUGUUCAACGAUAAUGGAAGGAAAAGCACAGCUUCCCAAAAAGCAUGGACCGAAGAGCAGGAACAGGAGCUGCAUCGCUUGUUUAUGGAAAAUCAAGAAAAUCCACAAACAGAUCAGGAUGUUAUCGACUGGCUGCUUGAAAAUCUGAUCGAUCAAACGCGCACCCGGCGUGGCGUGAUGAAGAAGCUGAAGGAAAUGGGCCUUACCUUUAAGGCGCCGACCAAAAAGAGCAACGCAAACCGGCAGCAAAAGGCUAACGCUUGGACGCCCGACGAAGACGGCAAGCUCGGUGUGCUCUACGAGGAGCUGCGGCUGGACAAAAACCCGCUCAAGAGCAUUGCGGAAGCGUUCGAAAAGAAGUUUACCCGUCCGGCCAUCGCUCGGCGCAUGGUUUACCUGGGAUUGAUUGCAGACGUGGCCGAAAUAAUGCCAUCGAAGCGGCGUGCCAACAACGAACGGCGAGCGAGCGGUAGCGAUGGUUCGUCGCAGGACGACGAAAGGAAUAGCAAAUCCUCCGACGAAGAGGAGGAAGAGGAGAAGGCGGAGGAAUUUAAUCAAAGCAUCAACAAGCAGCUGAAUGAGCCGCUCGUGAAGAAAAACCUGAAAGCGCUCCGUGGCGACGACAUGAAGCAAGCCGUACGGUGGAUCGUCGAAUGCUUCGAAGAGGUUCGCAGUCUGUACGAAGACUCGGAUCCAUCGGAAGACACCGAGGGAGGCGUUCCGAUGAUUCCGAUUGCACCGUACCAAACCGCUGCCCUGAAGAAACCGGAAUUCAAGCGUUUGCUACGGUCGCUUGGUGUGAUGGACACUGGCCGGCAGUUCGUGUACCAUCGGAUACCGUUUCAACUGACGCCAGAAGAGUUGAAAAAACGCAUGGAAAUAUUAACUGCUUUCUGUGAAGCACCGACAGCAGCGGAUGAAGACGAGGAAGCGGGAGAUCGAAGCGUUGUUUUGCCUUCAGCUGCUUCAGAAGAUGAAAUGGAUAAGAACAACCACUACGAAGAAGAACGCCGAUCGAUGUCACCGCUGAUCGUGUCGGAAGAUGAUCUUGCAGAUGAAGAUCGUCCGGCAAACCCGACAGCUGCUACCUCCAAACGAAACCGAUCUGAUUCGUCCGAUGCGACGUCGGAAGUGUCGCUAGUACAGCGGCGCAAAAAGAACAAGCGCGUAAAGUCACAGAGCACAGCUAAGUCUUCAAAGCAGCGAACGUCUGCUUCGCAGCUCGCUGAGUCGGACGAUGAGGUGAAAAUAAUAUCGCCAAAGCAAACGCGGCUUGUUAUUUCGGACGACGAAUCGGACAUGGAUACUACCUCUAAGCAAGCAACCGGCGGUAUAUCCUCGCAGGGGGACGAUGUGGGGGAAACGAUAGCACCAAAGCAAACACGGCUUGUAAUCUCGGACGAUGAUUCGGAGACGGAAGCUUCCCCCAAGCAACAAACAACUGGUGGCGCAUCCUCCGUGUCGGAGCUACCAGCAGAAGGCCAGAGCCCAGAAAAUCGAUCUAAAUCUCAGAAAGGGCGCAGACGUGCCGCCGUUAUCAGUAGCGAUGAGGAGUGAGGAGGGGGAGUUGUACAGUGCGUACCAAACACAAACAAUAGAUCGUUAUUAUUUUUUACAUAAUUUUGAUGUCGUAAAAUCUGCUUCAAGUUCAAUGUAGGUGAAUAAAGUAUAA